AUGUUGUGUUCAAUGCGCGUCAAGCUGGGCUCUUAUUGGGGAGGUCGAUUCAUCGGUUUUUUUCGCUCACGCAACUUAGUUGUUUGUUUGUUUGUUUUGGCGAGUCUCACUGUAAUUGCCUAUGUUUCGUAUGGGUCGAUCCGACGACAAAAAGACAAAUCGUUGGCUGUUGAUUUGGCUAACCAGCUUCAGCUGUACCAAUCUCAAUUAACACCCGAGUCAUCUAAUUCGACAUGCAGUCAUUCGGCUUACCUCCGAGGUUUCAACCAAAAAGUAAUCGGCUAUUCCAUUUACGGUGAUUUCGCGCGGAUGGCUGUCGUCGAAAAAUAUUUGUAUCCUUUUGGAGAGACGCUCAGGAUGAUUCCAUUGGUAUAUCCAGGGUGGAUUGUAAGGAUUUAUCACAACUUUCGAGCGGACAACGUAGAAACGUGGAAAAUCCUCCUAAAAGUGAUAGACUUCGAACGAAACAAACAUGUUGAUCUUUGCAACACUUCAGAGAUAAUAGAAAGGCGCAAAUUUGGAGGUUUAUAUCCCAUGACCUGGCGCUGGGUAUAUACGUGUACACAUUUUUACUCGUGA